AUGUUUUUCCCAUCUGUAGAAGGCGUACGCCUAGCCACACCAGAUGACUUGGAUCGCAUUUCAAUUGUUGCGGCUGCCGCGUUCUUUUCGUCGCCCACGUUCAAAUUUCAGCGUAUCCAUUAUCGAAAGUUCCCUUUGGACACGAUAGCUUCUUACUUUGUCCAGUACAAGAAAGCUAUGAAAGAUCCUGCAUGCGUGGUACUCGUCGCCGAAGACGUUAUCGACGAACACGAAUCUGAGCAUGUCUACGACGCAAUACGCGAGUCUUUCAAGUCGGUAGCGCUGCGACGAAGAGGCAUUGUAGGAGUAUGCAGUAUUCAGCUCAAACCCGAAUCUGCAUAUACCCAUCAGUUCCAGCCUCCAGAGAUGCUUGCUAACCUCAAUGAGCGGCUGAGUGCUCAUGACCUCGAAAGAGACCAAAGUAUUGAAGCUGCGAAUAUCUAUGAUGCGGUCACGCGUCCGACGAAGCUCAAACAUCUUGAGGGCAGAAUGCGUCUCUGCACUUUAGCAGUGGCACCUUGUUAUUGGCGAAGGGGCCAUGCACGAAGGCUCGUGAGCUUUUGUACACAACUAGCAGACUCUGACGAUGCGAUGUUGGGAGUAUCCGCUACGCCUUGUGGUGCCACGGUGGUCUCGAAAGCCGGAUUUCAGGAACGGGAUUACGUCCGCUACACACCCUUGACGACGACCCAAAAGGUGCAACAGGACAAUCUGUAUACUGCUGGUUUUGAGCUUUGGUGA